AUGUCUGCGAACAAGAAAGCACGCACCCAACCUCCGUACGAGCUGUUGUACUGGCCUGGCAUUCCAGGACGCGGAGAGUUCAUUCGCCUGGCGUUCGAAGCAGCAGGCGUCUCCUACAAAGACGUUUGCAAUGAGUCUGAGGACGGCAUGAAAAUCAUCGGCACCCUCACCGACCAGUCCUCCACAGGCUCCGAUGGCAACCCUCCCGUCUUCGCACCACCUGCUCUGCGCGUUCCCGGCGAAGGCAAGAACGGUGCUGCGCUGGUUCUCUACCAGACGCCAUCGAUCCUCUCUUACCUUGGCGACAAGCUUGGUCUCAGUGGCGCAGACGAAGCAGAGAAGUCGUGGAUCCUGUCGCAUACUCUGACGGCGCUGGACCUCAACAACGAAGCCCACGAUACGCACCACCCCGUUUCGAUGAGCUUAUACUACGAGGACCAGAAGGAGGAAUCGCUCAAGAAGGCUACCGACUUCCGCGAGAAGCGCAUUCCCAAGUUCCUGAAGUACUUUGAGCGUGUGCUCAAGGGCAAUGAGGCGCAGGGACAGGGCAAGUUCCUGGUUGGGGAUAGUCUCAGCUAUGCCGACCCUACAGUCUGGCAUGUGCUGAGCGGAUUGGAGUUUGCCUUUCCCAAAGAAAUGGAGGCAAGGAAGAAGGACUACCCACUCUUGUUUGGAACCUUCUAUGACAGCGUCAAGGAGACCAAGGGAAUCAAAGAGUACCUAGCUAGCGAGAGGCGGAAGGAGUUCAGCAUGGGUAUCUUCAGGCAUUACCCUGAGCUGGACCGACAGUAG